AUGGACUCUGCAAGGGUUAAGAAUGAAGUACUGGAAAAUCCAGACCAUGAUUUAAAACGUACACUUGAAAAUACAAAAGAAGACCAGAACAGUCUUUCUACUACUUCCAGGAAUAAAAGGCAAGUGAUUGUUCCCGCGUGCACGCCAAAAAUUCACUAUUCACCACUAAAGACUGGCCUUUGCUACGAUGUUAGAAUGAGGUAUCACGCAAAGAUUUUUACAUCGUAUUUUGAGUAUAUCGACCCACACCCGGAGGACCCAAGAAGAAUUUACCGUAUAUAUAAAAUACUGGCAGAGAAUGGUCUGAUUAACGACCCAACCUUGAGCGGUGUAGAUGACAUUGGCGACUUAAUGCUGAAGAUACCUGUAAGAGCCGCAACGUCCGAAGAAAUCUUGGAAGUUCAUACCAAGGAACAUUUAGAGUUUAUUGAAAGCACAGAAAAAAUGAGCCGAGAACAGUUAUUGAAGGAAACUGAAAAGGGUGAUUCCGUAUACUUCAAUAAUGAUUCCUAUGCGAGUGCUAGAUUGCCUUGUGGUGGCGCCAUCGAGGCAUGUAAGGCAGUUGUUGAGGGUCGUGUGAAAAACUCUUUAGCUGUAGUAAGACCGCCUGGCCACCACGCUGAGCCUCAGGCAGCCGGUGGUUUCUGUCUUUUCAGCAACGUUGCUGUCGCCGCCAAAAACAUCUUGAAGAAUUAUCCGGAAAGUGUAAGAAGGAUAAUGAUUUUAGAUUGGGACAUUCAUCAUGGUAACGGAACUCAAAAGUCAUUUUAUCAAGACGACCAGGUGCUAUAUGUCUCAUUACAUAGAUUUGAAAUGGGUAAAUACUAUCCUGGGACCAUCCAGGGUCAGUAUGAUCAGACUGGUGAAGGUAAAGGUGAAGGAUUCAAUUGUAAUAUUACUUGGCCAGUCGGUGGUGUUGGUGAUGCUGAAUACAUGUGGGCAUUUGAACAAGUGGUCAUGCCUAUGGGGAGAGAGUUUAAGCCUGAUUUAGUAAUUAUUUCAUCUGGUUUUGAUGCCGCAGACGGCGAUACUAUCGGACAAUGCCAUGUUAGUCCAAGCUGUUAUGGUCACAUGACCCAUAUGUUAAAAUCUCUAGCUAGAGGCAAUCUUUGUGUAGUCCUUGAAGGCGGUUAUAACCUGGAUGCAAUUGCAAGAAGUGCUCUGAGUGUAGCAAAAGUACUAAUAGGGGAACCUCCUGAUGAAUUGCCCGACUCAUUAAGCGAUCCUAAGCCCGAGGUCAUAGAAAUGAUAGAUAAGGUCAUUCGUUUACAGUCCAAGUACUGGAACUGUUUUAGAAGGAGACAUGCCAACUCCGGUUGUAAUUUUAAUGAACCUAUUAAUGACUCGAUAAUAUCUAAGAACUUUCCUUUACAAAAGGCCAUUCGUCAACAACAGUUACAAUAUUUAAGUAAUGAAUUCAGUUUCGUUACUUUACCUCUGAUAAAUAUGGGUUUACCAGAUAACACUGCCUUAUGUACUCCAAAUGUUUUUGAAUCAAACGCUCUAUUGGUUGUCGUUCAUGAUACCUCUGACGUUUGGGCCAAAAGAAACGUCAUCUCAGGUACGAUUGACUUGUCCUCCUCAGUUAUCAUCGAUAAUUGUAUAGAUUUUAUUAAGUGGGGACUCGAUCGAAAAUAUGGCAUCAUCGAUGUAAAUAUACCUCUAACUUUGUUUGAAGCUGACAAUUAUUCUGGAAUGAUUACUUCUCAAGAAGUAUUGAUAUAUUUAUGGGAUAACUAUAUUAAAUACUUUCCCAAUGUUGCCAAAAUUGCAUUUAUUGGAAUAGGAGAUUCUCAUUCAGGUAUUGUACAUCUUCUAGGCCACAGAGAUACUAGGGCUGUGACCAAGACAGUAAUCAACUUCUUAGGGGACAAGCAAUUAAAGCCGCUAGUUCCUUUAGUUGAUGAAACAUUGAGUGAAUGGUACUUCAAGAACUCUCUAAUAUUCUCAAACAAUAGUCACCAAUGCUGGAAAGAAAAUGAAAGUAGGAAACCAAGAAAAAAAUUCGGCAGAGUGUUAAGAUGUGAUACUGAUGGAUUAAGCAACACAAUUGAAGAAAGAUUUGAGGAAGCAACGGAUUUCAUACUAGAUUCCUUUGAAGAGUGGAGUGACGAUGAAUGA